AUGUCAGAAGUUGACAUGGCAGUCAUCAAACCUGAGAUGAUGAAGUCAUAUAUCUGGCUUCAAACUGCUGAUGGUUCGAUUCAACAAGUUGAACAAGAGGUUGCCAUGUUUUGUCCUAUGAUAUGCCAUGAAAUAAUGCAGAAGGGCCUGGGAUCAUCAAAGAACUAUGCCAUAUCUCUUCCACAACGCGUCAGUCCUGCCAUGUUGAGUCUGAUUCUUGACUACUGUAGGUUUCAUCAAGUACCAGGUCGUUCAAAUAAGGAACGGAAAUGUUUUGAUGAAAAGUUCAUUCGAAUGGAUACAAAAAGGCUUUGUGAGUUGACAUCAGCUGCUGAUAGCCUCCAGCUUAAGCCUUUGGUUGAUCUAACUAGCCGAGCGUUGGCACGGAUUAUUGAAGGGAAAACACCGGAGGAGAUACGUGAGAUAUUUCAUUUGCCAGAUGAUCUGACAGAGGAAGAGAAGUUGGAGCCUUUGAAAAACACAACUGAUGAUCCCCGGAUUCGACUUUUGAAUAGAUUAUAUGCAAAGAAGAGGAAAGAGCUAAAAGAAAGGCAGAAAAAAAAGAGUGUCGAGGUGGAAGAUGGGUGUGUGGACGAGCGAUCAGUUGAUGACCUCUUGUCAUUUAUUAAUGGAGAAAAUGCAGAUUCCAAGGGAGUUCGAACUUCAAAAAACAAAAAGAAAAACCGUCGGAGAAGGGAUCCUCAAAAGCGCGCUUCCAUUGAUCAAGUUGCUGAAUCGCAUAAAAAGGAUUCAAAUGGGUUGGGUUGUUUAGGCCACACCACUGGGGGUGAUAAUGAAUCACAUUCUACACUAAGCGAAACAUCAAAAUUGCAAGAUAUAGAAGAUGACAUUUUCGAUCAGAAAGUGGAGUUUGAUGACGUUGAUAUCGAUGAUGAAAUUGAUCCCGCAUUAAAGGAGGAAAUUGAUAGGGAGGUGGAAGAUUUUGCAAGGAGAUUAAAUUCAGACUGGCCUGAAAGGAUGCAGGAGCUUCUGUCUUUGGGUCAAGAUAGGAGCCCUGUUCACUUUUCCAGUAAUGGCAACGGUAGCUUGAGAAAAAAACGAAGAGAUUUGAUGGUUGAGAAGUGA